AUGUCUCUCCCAUACGCGCCACGCUUCGCCUACUACGACGGCAAACUCCAAUCUGGCAGCUCGACCUCGUCUUUCCAGACCAUCGAUCCAUCUACUUCAGAGCCACUGGCUCAGAUCCAUACAACAACGAACGCUGCUAUCGAUGCCGCAAUUGCUUCGGCGCAAAAGGCUUUCCCAGCAUGGUCAGCCACACCACCCAUCGAGCGUGCGCGAGUCCUGCAGCGAGCUGCAGCGAUCCUCCGCGCACGGAAUGACGAGCUGGCGAGGAUCGAGACCAGCGACACAGGAAAACCGUUUUCUGAGACAUCAACAGUAGACGUCGUCACAGGCGCUGACGUGCUGGAGUACUUCGCCAAUAUGGUCGGCAGUGGAGGCAUGAACGGCGAGACGACGCAGCUGCGACCUGACGCAUGGGUAUACACCACCAAGAACUCCCUCGGCGUAUGUGCAGGCAUCGGCGCGUGGAACUACCCCAUUCAGAUUGCGCUGUGGAAAUCGGCACCAUGUCUAGCGGCAGGAAACUGCAUGGUCUACAAGCCAUCUGAGUUCACACCGCUCCACGCCCAGGUUCUGGCGUCCGUCUAUGCGGAAGCCGGUGUCCCCCCGGGCGUCUUCAACGUCGUCCAGGGCGGCGGCGAGGUCGGCGCGUACCUCACCAAGCACCCUGAAAUCGCAAAGGUCAGCUUCACAGGCCAGGUCUCCACGGGUCGCAAGGUCGCCGGCAGCGCUGCCGGAGAGAUGAAGUACGUGACCAUGGAGCUCGGCGGCAAGUCCGCGUGCGUGAUCCUGCCCGACGCGGAUCUCGAGCAGGCCGUUGACGGCGCCAUGAUGGCCAACUUCUUCUCCACCGGCCAGGUCUGCACAAACGGCACCCGCGUCUUCAUCCCCGCGGCCAUGAAGCCCGCGUUCGAGAAGCUGCUGCUCGAGAAGAUCCAGCACAUUCGCCCGGGCGACUUGCACGACCCAGCCACCAACUUCGGCCCGCUGGUGUCGAAGCCGCACUGGGAGAAGGUCAAGUCGUAUAUCACCCAUGGCAUUGAGAACGACAAGGCAACGCUACUGUGCGGCGGUGCAGGAACCCCCGCCUGGCUCGCUUCCCACUCCAACUCCGCUCUCAAGAACGGCUACUGGGUCGAGCCCACCGUGUUCACCGACUGCACAGACUCGAUGAAGAUCGUGCGCGAGGAAAUCUUCGGCCCCGUCAUGUCGAUCCUGACAUACGACACUGUGGACGAAGUCGUGGCGCGCGCAAACAACACCGACGUCGGGCUGGCCGCAGGCGUGUUCACCAAGGAUCUGAACCUCGCGCAUCAGGUGAUCGCGAAACUGGAGGCGGGAAUUACCUGGGUCAACACGUGGGGUGAGAGUCCGGCGGAGAUGAGCGUGGGAGGGUGGAAGAUGAGCGGUGUAGGCGUCGAGAAUGGAAAGAAGGGGCUCGAGGCGUGGGUUAGGAAUAAGAGCACACUUGUUGAGAUGGGAGGCGUGGUCCCGACAGUGUUUGCGAAGUUGUGA